GGCGGGGAGAGGUCUCGCUCCUUUGCGCCCUCCCUCGCAAAGGGUUAAUUUUCCCGAUCGCACGAGGGGGAGGAGAUUUCCCUGUAGACGAGUAAAAAAGGGUGAUGGACAAACGUGCGGGCACUAAGACCGCAAGGCAUUCAUUUCCUCCUACGGUGGAUGCGGACGCCGGGAGGAGGCGAGCCCCACGGCGAGGAGCUGGGCGCCCAGGCACAGGCAAUGCUCCACCCUGGAUGUAGCUGAGAGAGAGCACGUAGCGACUCCGAAGAGAUCAGCCCCAAUGAACAUGUCAGUGUUGACUUUACAAGAAUAUGAAUUCGAAAAGCAGUUCAACGAGAAUGAGGCCAUCCAGUGGAUGCAGGAAAACUGGAAGAAAUCUUUCCUGUUUUCUGCUCUGUAUGCCGCCUUUAUCUUUGGUGGGAGGCACCUCAUGAACAAGCGGGCCAAGUUUGAACUGAGGAAGCCGUUAGUGCUCUGGUCUCUGACCCUUGCAGUCUUCAGUAUAUUCGGUGCUCUUCGAACUGGUGCUUAUAUGGUGUACAUUUUGAUGACCAAAGGCCUGAAGCAGUCAGUGUGUGACCAGAGUUUUUACAAUGGACCUGUCAGCAAAUUCUGGGCUUACGCAUUUGUGCUAAGCAAAGCACCGGAACUAGGAGAUACAAUCUUCAUCAUUCUGAGGAAGCAGAAGCUGAUCUUCCUGCACUGGUACCACCACAUCACUGUGCUCCUCUACUCCUGGUACUCCUACAAAGACAUGGUGGCCGGGGGCGGCUGGUUCAUGACCAUGAACUACGGCGUGCACGCCGUGAUGUACUCUUACUAUGCCUUGCGGGCUGCGGGUUUCCGAGUCUCGCGGAAGUUUGCCAUGUUCAUCACCUUGUCGCAGAUCACUCAGAUGCUGAUGGGCUGUGUCAUUAACUACCUGGUCUUCUAUUGGAUGCAGCAGGACCAGUGUCACUCCCACUUCCAGAACAUCUUCUGGUCCUCACUCAUGUACCUCAGCUACCUUGUGCUCUUCUGCCAUUUCUUCUUUAAGGCCUACAUCGGCAAAAUGAGGAAAACAACGAAGGCUGAAUAGUGUUUGGCACGGAGGAGGAAGCCAUAGCUCAGGGUCAUCCAGACAAACAACAGACAAACAGAAAAUGGCACAAGGAAUCACACAUGGUGCAGCUACAAACAAAACACACGAGCAGACACACCCCGAGGCAGCUGAGGGAUGGCUAGGUCUGACUGAGCCCAGUAAGUUCAUGAUCCUUUUUGGGUGAGGACUCACUGAGUGCAUGGUCAUCUCCACGCACUGCUGCCGGAUGGCCCCAUCCCCCCAGCCUGUCCACUGUAGAACCAAUGAGAACUCACAAGGGAGCCGGAGGCAGAGAGGGACCCACGGGAGGCAAACAAAAGGCUAUUAACACUACACGGUUAAAAAAAAAAAA